AUGGCUCCUAUCCACAUUGGCUCCUUGGUCUAUGACUACCAAGCAAUGGACGUGAUCGGCCCCUUUGAUUUGAUCGGGUCUGGAGGUCGGUUCAUUCUAGAGGCAGUGAGCUUCUUCACCGAAAUUGACAAGAAGCUCAUCAACCGUGCCCCCGAAUUCGCUUUCCAUCAUAUCGGAGAGACACUCGAUCCGCUCCCACUCCUUACCAGCUCACUUAUCGUUAAACCUACUGACACGCUUGAAACCUGUCCUGAAUUGGACUAUUUGCUAGUUGGCGGGCCCAAUCUCAAGGAUUUCAAAUUGUCACCACGGUAUGCGGAAUUCAUUCGGCGACACGUAGCUGCCGGGAAAAUUGUCUUUACUACCUGUACUGGUGCUGCAGUUCUUGCCUCAACGGGCGUCUUGGACGGGAAGAAUGCCACCAUCAACAAUCUUGAAUAUGAAUGGGCUACAAAAGCAUAUCCUAAGGUUAAAUGGACCAAGGAAAAGAAGUGGGUUGUUGAUGGAAACAUCUGGACUGGCAGUGGAGCAGUGGCUGGAAUGGAUAUGUUCGCGCACUGGUUCAAGGAAAGUUUUGGCUUUGAUAUGCUCAUUGAGGCCGCUAAAGGUCUUGAUUAUGAGCCUCGUGACAUUAACGGGCUGUUCAAGGUAUUUCCACCACGGUAUGAUGAGAAUGGAAAGCAGCUCUCCACACUUGUGUUGCCCUAA